AUGGCAGAGGGGAGCAAGAGCGACAGGCCUUUUGGCGAGGCAACGCGGAUCAGUGAACGCUGCGACAGUCUGCACAAGCCCUCGCCAGACGAUCGUUGUGUGGUCGACCGUCUCCCUACGGAGCUCCUCGUGCACACGUUCUACCUGGGGCUCGUAGACGCUCUCGCUGCAUUCCUGGAUGUCCUCUCGGGCAUACAUCGUGAGCAAGAUACCUCUACCGGGCCAGAAUUACCUUUCGAAGUCAUCGUCUCUCAUGUAUGCCGUCGUUGGCGCGAAGUUGCGCUCACCACGCCCGCGUUAUGGGCACAGGUCGCGAUUACAUCUUCCACCAUGCACUCCAAGACUCAAGCAUACCUGGCACGGGCCAAGACAGUUGCCGUCGAUAUUACCAUCGACCUCAAAUCCCCGAGCACGGAUGUAUCGGCGCUCGUAUCUGUCUCUAGAGGGACCAAGAAGCAGAUCGCUCAGAUGGUGUUUGAACAUUGGCUCCUCCUCUCCCCCUCCAUCUCCCACUGGCGCACCUUCGCGCUGAGAACGGCCAACUCACUCGUCAUGCACGCGUUUUUGAUUGCCCUCCACUGCUGCUCUCCGGCGCCCAUGCUCGAAAAUCUUGUGCUGGCGGACAAGCCUGCCUUCGUGUCGCAUCUCCAUAGACACGAGUGGCCGCUCUGCAUCAACCCCUUUUUCCUCAACGCGCCAAAGCUAAGCAAGGCCAUCCUGUCUGGCGUGUACUUCAACUGGCCACAGACGGGUUUUGCGCACGCUCUGACGACCUUGGAGCUCUCGAAUCACCAGCCUGGCAUUCGCCCGAGCUACCAGGAUUUGGCACGGAUUCUGCGCGAGUCUCCCAGCCUCAAAGCGCUCACCCUAAAGUUCUCGGGGCCGACAGGAGGCCCUGCGGACUGGGGCGUGGAUACAUAUCUAGAUAUCCCAGAACACGUCCCGGAAUCAUGCAGGUCUAUGCUCUGGUCUCAGUCGGUGGCGCGCCUGACGCUCGACCAGAUAGACGAAGAGUAUGCCGCCGAGCUGAUCGACCGGCUCGCGUUGCCUAGCCUGACCCGUCUCGAGAUAGACAUCGUGUCGGGCGACUGCACGGGUGUCCUCGAGGCUCUGAUCCGCCCUCGCCCUCCCGACAAUAAAUCUCUGCUUGCUGGCCUCACCGACCUCCGUCUUAAGCAGUUCCGUGGGGGAGAUGCGAGGGUCAUCGCCGAGGCAUACGGUGCGAUGCCGAACUUGACGACGUUUUGGUUCGGUCUCGACAUAUGCUCCCCACUGUGGCUCUCGCUGCUCUCCCACAAGGACGUGCUGCCGCGCCUGCGCAACCUUGUGCCUAUUGCGGUCACCGGCUGGCAGCUGCGUGCCCUGAUCAGCAAGCGGCAGGAGUGGGGUGCGCCCCUGUGGACGGUGGUGAUGGCGGGUUCCCCCGAGCUCGGCGAGGAGGACAGACGGUGGCUGACCCUCAACACACAUAUAUUUAUGGUCAUGCCUAUUCCCGAAAGCGCAGGGAUUCCUGUCAGUGCCGUAGGCGUGGACGUUGCGGAUGAGGAUGACUGGACGGAUGGCAACUCCGACGACGGAUCGGAUGAGUAUUGGGAGGACAAUUGGUAG